UGCUCAUUAAGGAGAUCUGCAUAAACUACUACUGUACUAUUGCCGAAAACGUUACUUCGGAACUCCAAGUGGCUGCUAAACGAGAAUCCGCAUUGCAUUUUUCGAAGUCGACAUUCAACGCAUCGAAAGCGGUAUGGAUCGAAGAGUUAGCUAAGGUCAAUCACGAGAACGCUACGAAAACAGCCGUUCUCGUCCAGUUCAUUGCUCGGGCGCUUGCUGAUCCAGGACUGCAGAAAUUUUCUGGCGAGCUUGAUGACCUUUCAGCUGCCUUCAAGCAGAUGGUGCAGACGUUACUCCAAAUUUUAUCACGGAUGUUCCAUUUUUUCCCUGAUGAAAAUUCUUUAGAAAAUUUUGGCAGUCUUAUACGAAAUCUGUACAUCGUUUCGAGAUCACCUAGUCUUUCGCGACUACCGAAUUAUGAAGCACUGACCAGUACCGAGGUGGUGCUUGCCGCUCAGGACAGUGCAAAGGUGUGCUCCGAUUGGAUGAGUGAAUUUUCGCGGCCUUUCUCCAAUGAUGCGAUGGAAAUCUGUAGUGGAUGGAAAGAAAUGUUGGCGUACGCCGAACAGAAACUGGAGCAAGCAGCGAGGCUGGACCAUAUUCUUGCCAGAUAUCGUUUUGUUACGCAACUCAAGACCCAGUUGGAUUUCUGCUUAUUGCCAGCGAUCGCCAAAAGUAUAUACGACAAGCUAGAUUUUGUCACCGGCAGUUUGGAAGAGUAUGCAAAAUCGCACAGUGUCCUUGGUGAACCGUUAGCGCACUGCUUGUUCGAGGUUUUUGUCCGUGCAAAACAUUUCAGCCGAAUGUGUUCCCCUGUUCGACAAAGGGAGUUUCGCAGCGAAUAUUAUCUGCAUUUUAAAGCAACUGUUCCUGUGUGGUUGCACGCGAUUGAAUUACGCAUCCGGAAAGAUGUCGCGUCCGCUGUCGACCUUGACGCGGAUUAUCUGACAUUUAGCGAGGAAGAAUCAGAAAAGCAUUUUCCCUCAUUGGCGAUGCUAUCCUCGGCGGAAGCCAUAGUUGGGGCGUUUGGUCGCGUUGCUGAUUAUUUUAAGGAGCUCGAUUGGCCGCACCCUCAAGAAAACUACGUCAUUUUAAUGCAGACCAUGGAGAUAAUGGUGGACUGCGCUAUGCUAUACAUUGACCUGAUCACCCGUUUUCUCACGCAUGCCAAUGGUGAGAAAUUGGACGAGCCGCGCGCAUGGAGUCUUCAGCGGAUGUGUAAAGUUCUUAAGUCCGGCGAUUUUGUCUGCACACAGAUGUUAUGUGCCAGCAGUAUGCUGCAUUCGGAAAGGAUUAUCGCCGCCUUGGAAAGAAAGCAGGACACCAGCGGAGCACAGUCUGUCCGGAGGAAUGUCGGGAAAUUUAUUGCGGAUGCCAACGAGAAUUUUUUAGCCAGGUUGUUGCGGUUCAUCAAAAUCUGGCUUAAUGGUCAACAGUUGUAUUAUGAAAUACGGAUGUUCGUCUAUAGUUUUUGCAAACUGACGCUCACCGUUGAAUCGCAGAAGGCCUCCGUAGACGCUUUUAUUAAUAAAAUCAACGCCAUCCGGGCCGUGAUGCAGCAGAAUAAUUUGCGGGUGGACGUCAUUAAUCUGUUGUUAAUGGAGGUGUGGGUGUACCUUCUGAGCGAGUUCCAGUACGGUGUGGUGGCACUGGAUAAAGUGGCUGAGUCACUGCGCCAGUGUGAAGUUUUCUUCCAGAUUGUCUACGCGGCCAUCGUGGACAUGCGCAACUACUUUUUGAACGUGGUCCGACUGCCGGCGGUCGAUGUGCUCAACGACAUGUACCGUUCGGUGGAAGCUCUGUAUGCUGUACGACGAUUAACCGUGUCGGAAUUGGUCAGUACAUACUACCUGGAACAGCUGCAACACCAGAACCGCAUUAACGAAUCCAAAGAUUCCUCUCGGGGAUCCGCCCGGUUUCUGGCAUGUUACGUUCAAGAAAAAAACACGCUUAUUUUUGAAGUGCUGAAAUAUGAAAAUCAUGGACUGCAAAAGAUGACUCAGCCUUUUCGGCUGCAGAUGUUUUAUCGCGCAGUGCCGGAAUUCUUAUUCGUAAGCGUCAGUGACGGGCAACUCACAAGUCAUGACCUUUCGCCGGGUACACGGAGUGUCACUGCCCCUUUUGGGAAAAUGAAAUGCAGUAUUAAGAUUACCCAGUCCGCGUUUGAGCAAUCGGUUUUUGACAUCUUACCGUGUGGAUUGUUGUCAUGUCAUAUGUACUGCGUACCGAGCCAGUGGAAGGAGGAAUCGGAGACACCGGUGAGAUUUUUCUUGGGGACCUUUUACCUUCCAUUUCGCCAGUGCACAUCGAUACCGAAUGUUUCGAAAAUGUUGGAUGUUCAACCUUCCACUGUUAUGUUCAUGCAUACUGUACCAACGGCAACAUACAGCAUCAUACGUGCAAGGAGUCUGUGGCAUCCUACGGCUCAGCGAUUUGUGGAGAGUCGAAAAGAAAUUGGUUCCUCUAAUCGGGUGCCUGUUACUACCGUGCCCUGAUUUUCACGUUGCUUUUGUUUAUGUGGUUUUAUGUUGAGCACUUGUAGUAAUUUGUACAGCACUGAUUGAUGUGAUAAAGUUCGCGCAGAACGGUUACUUAAUUAAUUCUGUGGUUAUACUGUUCGGUACCUAUGACAAGAAUUUUUAACUAUCUGUAGUUCUGUACUCAGUAGCUUCUAAGUAUGAAUGGCAUUGUAUUUUUUCCACUCCUAUAUAGACUUAGAGCGAUAUAAAUAAUAAACACCGG